UAGAGUACUGGAGGGUCUGUGCGCCAGUCGGGUCUGUGCGCUAAGCCCCGCGUUAAAUCUCAUAACACACAAACAGUGUUUAAAUGGCGGGCCGUAGUUCAAAUUUUCCCGCCAGUACCGUUCCAGUGUUGUGUUUGCGCCAGGGAGAGAGAGGCAGUGCGUCUUCCGCUAUACUGAGCCCUUGCUGAAAUGGCAUCAACACAGCGGUACAAACAAGAACAAGUGGAGAAAGCUGUGGAGCUGGUAAGAUCUAAACAGAUGUCCCUGAAUGCCGCCUCCAAAACUUUUGGUAUCCCUUACGCCACCCUUGGGGAUAAGGUCAGGGGAAGAAGACCUAUGCAGCCUGCUCCCAAAACAGUUCUGUCAAUGGAAGAGGAGAAGAAGCUAGUAGAUUGGCUGAUUGAAGUGUCUCAACGAGGUUUUGGACGGACCAAAGACGACCUCAAAGACAUGGUGAAAACCAUUCUCGAUGAUAGGGAAGAGAGGACUGUCUUCAAAAACAACCGCCCUGGAAAGGAUUGGAUGCGAGCCUUUUUCAAGAGGCAUCCAGAGAUACGGGAAAGAAUUGGACAACCACUUGGCCGUGAGAGAGCAAUUGUGACAAAGGAUGCUCUAGGUGAAUGGUUUCAGCAAAUGAAACAUUACCUGGACACCAUCGAUCCCACUUUGUUGACCUCUCCUGACCGGAUCUUUAAUGCUGAUGAAAGUGGUUUUAAUAUAUGUCCAAAGACAAAGAGAAUCAUCAGCAUGACAGGAGCAAAACACGUCUACUCUGUCACAAGUGGCACACGGCAGCAAGUGACAAUGUUGGCCUGCUCUUCUGCCAUGGGGCAGUACCUUCCACCGCUGCUGAUCUUUCCCUACACCAGAGAUCCUCGCUUCAAUGCGUUGGAAGGUUUUGAAGAGGCUUUUUUUCAAAAAAACUCCAAAUGGUUGGAUCACUGAAGUGGUCUUUCUUAGCUUUCUGAGGGACAUCUUCAUUCCCAAAUUGGGAGAAAAGCGACCAGUGGUGCUGUUUGUGGACGGCCAUUCCAGCCAUCAUUCCCUGGCAAUCAGCACGCUGUGUAACGAGAAUGGUGUCAUCCUUUACUGCCUGAAGGCGCAUGCCAGUCACCUUAUCCAGCCACUGGAUCAAGCUUUCUUUGGGGCAAUCAAACUAGCAUGGAGUGAAGCCGUCAGAAAGUUUCAGUACCAAACUGGAGAGAGUGUCACCAUGUGCACGUUUGCCCGCACACUAAAGAAAGCUUGGGACACUACAGCACGACCAGAGCUUGCUUACAAGGGAUUUGUUAAGUCUGGGAUCUAUCCUUUUAACCCUGAGGUUGUACUCAACUCAGACAAGCUGAAGCCAAGCUGCAGUUUCUCCAGCGCUGCUCCAGUCACUCUCCCUACCUCAGCAUCUUUUGGCAUCACUGCUCUUCCCGCAUGUACCCCAACAAUCUCAACCUCUGUUCCUUCUGCUUCACCAGCAGCCAAAUCCAAGUUCCCUGGGCCAGAACAAAGAACUCCCACUCUCUCAGCAUUCUCCAACAUUUUUGAGCUGAUGAAGCUGAGCCUGUCAUUAGGGGAAGGAACAACUCUAAAAUUCAUGAAGCGGUACGAGGAGCGAUACGACAUGGAUGACCCACCCUAUGAAGACUGGAAGGUGUUGUUGGAGAAAACCUUACAGCCUGCCUCACAGUCCCUGCCUUCCACAUCCCAGCCUGCCUCACAACCCCUGCCUUCCACAUACCAGGCUGCCUCACAAACCCUGCCUUCCACAUCCCAGCCUGCCUCACAACCCCUGCUUUACACAUCCCAGGCUGCCUCACAACCCCUGCCUUCCACAUCCCAGCCUGCCUCACAACCCCUGCCUUCCACAUCCCAGCCUGCCUCACAACCCCUGCCUUACACAUCCCAGCCUGCCUCACAACCCUUGCCUUCCACAUCCCAGCCUGCUCCACAACCCCUGCCUUACACAUCCCAGCCUGCUCCAAACCUCUGCCUUCUACAAAGAAAAAUUCCAAAACGAUUGAUGAUUACCUCACGCUGCCCUCAUUCCCGAAGAAAAAAGGAUUAAAAAAGACCAUCGCAGUAUUGCCAUGCUCAAUAAGCGGUGUUGAGUACCGGCAAAUGAUUGAAGAGAAACAGAGAAAGAAACGAGAGGAGGAGAGGGAGAAAAUGGAAAGAAAAAGAAA